AUGGCAUUCAUGCAGCGUGUGGCAAUAUCUGCCUUGGCGCUGUAUGCCGUGGGAACCUUGGCCCAGUUUUUACCUCCUGGAACUACGGAUGUUCCCAGUCCAAGGCCCGGCGACUGUGGCGAGGAGGGCCCCGCAACAUAUGUUUAUCGGAUGUCGCAAGAGAAGCCGAACGACUAUUUCCCAGCCAUCUGCGCUGGCAUGGGCGGGGCAGAAGUUCGCUUUAACGACCCCUGCGCUUGGGCCCAUGGUCAAGCACAGAUGACGGGGGCCCACUUCACCAACAUGUGCAAAGGUGCGACCCGCAUGAUUCACUGGCACAACCAGGCUGAUGAGUGGGGUUUUGUCAGCAAGGGGCGCCUCAUGACUUUUGUGGCGAGCCCGGAUGGGCUUCCGUGGCCAAGCUCGACCAACAUCUUGGAGCCGCGUGGUGUAUGGUACUUUCCAUCAGGUUGGCUGCAUGGCUUGAUGUGUGUCACUCCCGAGGAUGAGGGUGGCUGCGAGUUCACCAUCGUGUUUGCGUCCCCACAAGCUGCAGAGCCGAACGGCCACAACCUUGAUACUACCUUGGCUCAAGCAGACAACGACGUGGCCGCUGCUGCGCUUGGAAUCUCCCUGGCCACUUAUGAAGCUUCGAGGCCUGCAUUUGGCAGAGCGCAGCACUCCAUUCACUACAGUAACAAAAAUAUGACGGCUCCCAUAGUCACAGCCGUGGCCCCAGGCGCUUGCGAUCCCGAGUGCCCGCCCAUCCAUGAAACGGUGGGGGCGCCUGCUGCAGUCCAAUCUUUUGUGGAGCAACGAGUGGAGCUGCCAGGUGUGGCUGGAGUGACGUUGUACCGCAUCCGUACAGAUCAGUUUCCCUUCUCCCGCACGAUGUCGCAAGAGCGUACCGAGCUGGCACCCGGGGCUGUACGUCCCGUAGUGUGGACCACAGCAGACUCUUUCUUCAUGGUUAUAUCUGGGACCGUUACAGUGUCAAUGGAGGGUGGCAUCUUGGGCAAGGAGGCCCACCUUGCAUUCGUGAACGAGACUCUCAAGGCCGGUGAUGCGGCUUACUUCCCCAACGGCCGCGCCUAUUGGUUCCGUGAGGCCACAGGGAAGGUCCCUGCGGAGACCAUCAACGUCUUCAACGUGGGUAUCUGGAAGAGCAUUGAGCUGGGCCACGCUAUCUCCGAGAUGCAGCUUGGCUUGAUUUGCCCUUCAGGCACUCUCAUUCAGAUUAUGGGGCUUUUGCGGAGAUAUCAGGCCAGCACAUCGACCGUGCCAUUAGCGUACAUGGAGCAAGAGUCCUUUCCUGACGAGCCGAAGUUUUGUGUUGUUCUUCAGCAGCCCCGCAUCAUUGUCGGCUCGAAGCAGCAGUGGCUUGCUCCGUCCUUUCCGAACACUGUGCCCAAGCCCACGAUUCCCAACCGCGACCAUGUCCCGACUUUCGAUGCUGAUGCUUUUCUGGGCCAGCUCGGAGAGGCCAACCUCAUCAAUCUCUGCUUCGUUCUCUUCCAAGCUGUGAAGAAGAAUCUGGAUGAAACGCAAAGCGUGGCGCCGGACCCCGGCUGCUUGGCGGAAGGCCGCGACUGGGAGGCGUGGGCCGGCCUUGGCAACCGUGUCUGCCGUGGCCACAGUGUGGCCGAGAGUGACCCGCUUGACUACAACGUGACCAGCGCUGCCACGCUCGAGGAGUGCAAGGCCAAAUGCCUUGAGGACCCGUGCAAAUGCAAAGGGGUGGAGUACAACUCUGUCUCUGGUCGCUGUGAGGUGUGGCACCGCGAGGCCGGCAUCUCCGCUUGGACGGAGCCCCAAGUCCAGGGAUUCACCUGCCAGAGGUUCGGCUGGCCGGCAAAGUAUCUCAUGCCACUGGACGGAGGUGCGGGCCGGGCGUGCCGUGGGGACACCGAGACAGACAACGACGAAAGCUACUACACUAUCAAGGAUGUGAUGCAUAUGGAG